UUAUUGAACACCGAAGCAACGCCACCGUGAAGGCUUCUCUCCCUCUCUCUCAUCUCUCUUUUAUCUGUAAUUCAAUCAAGCUCGAUUCUCGCAAAAUUUCUCGGCCAAAAAUCAUUUCCUUUUUCGUUACCGGAUAAUUGGCUCCAAUUUUUACUCUCAGCUGCGUUCGCUCCUCGAUUGAUUUUGCUCAACUCUCUCUUUCAGCGCUGAUGGCUAAGAGCUACUUCAAGCAAGAGCAUGAUCUUGAGAAAAGAAAAGCAGAGGCCGCAAGGAUUAGAGAGAAAUAUCCUGAUAGAAUCCCAGUUAUAGUGGAGAAGGCAGAGAGAAGUGACAUCCCUAGCAUUGAUAAGAAGAAGUACCUAGUUCCAGCAGACCUUACCGUCGGACAGUUUGUUUAUGUCAUCCGUAAAAGGAUUAAACUCAGCCCAGAGAAAGCGAUCUUUAUCUUCGUCGACAAUGUCCUCCCUCCUACAGGAGCAAUCAUGUCUGCAAUAUAUGAAGAGAAGAAGGAUGAAGAUGGAUUCCUGUAUGUUACUUACAGUGGAGAGAACACGUUCGGGUUCGGGUGGUAGCGGGCUUGUGUGACAGACUUGAUUGUCGUCGUCAUCUCCUUCUCUAUUCUUCUGGUCUCUUUGCCUCUUGCUAUUGCUGCUUGUUCUUCUAGUCCAUGGAUUCUAGCAAGUGAUAUCCUGUACAGCUUUACAUAAUGAAUAAAAAUUGUGAAAACAUCUCCACACCCAAAAGUUCCUGCUUCA